CAACAUCAAUGGCCUUUGCCUAUUCCAACUUUGGGGGCAUCUUCCAAAUAAUUUUAACAACAUUGGAUACAAUCUCUGGUCCUUUAGUAGGCCUCUUCUUCCUCGGAAUAUUCUUCUCAAAAGCAAACAAAUUUCGUGCCUUUAUUGGAUUAACUAUUGGAAUAUUUGUGAUGAUAAUUCUCUGCAUACUUUCAAAUAUAAAUCAGCCUUAUAAAAAAUUUUGUUAUUACAACUGGGAAUUUAAAUACAAAAAUAUUCCAUUAUACGUCUGUGGGGUUUUUAAAUAA